CUGGGCGACAGUGGCGUCGGCAAGACCUCGCUGCUGGUCCAGUUCGAGACCGGCAAGUUCCAGGCGGGCAACUUCUCGGCAACCGUCGGGAUCGGCUUCACGGUCAGUUGUAAAUAAAAAUCUAAAUUAAGUGCAAUAAAAGUUACUAAAAUGCCAGUGAAGUGAAGUGAAAACAAACUAAAGUGACAUCCCUAUCAUGACAAUCGUAACCUAAAAACACAACUGUCAAAAACCAGAGACAAUGUGGAACCCAAACACCAUAGACAACAGGCAGUUAGAGAAGCGCGUCAUCGUCGGCCGGGUCCGACCGACGUGGGCCCGGAACUUGCCAGAGACAAGAGAGGACGAGGAUAAGAAUGAGGAGAUUGGGGUCAUGCCGCAUAGUGACCCCCCGUCGCCGACGGAACCCUGGCAGCAGGGGAAACAGGAGGAUAAAUAUGAUGCUUUUGGGAAGGUGAUGCUGCUCGGGGACAGCGGCGUCGGCAAGACCUGCAUGCUAGUCCGCUUCCGGGACGGCACGUUCCUCGCCGGAAACUACAUAUCCACCGUCGGCAUUGACUUCCGGAACAAGGUAGUCACGGUCGACGGCAUCAAGGUAAAACUUCAGAUUUGGGACACCGCGGGGCAGGAGCGCUUUCGGAGCGUCACGCACGCAUACUAUAGAGACGCACACGCGUUGCUGCUGCUGUAUGACGUCACGAACAAAACCAGCUUCGACAACAUUCGGGCCUGGCUCGGGGAGAUUCGGGAGUACGCGCAGGAUGAUGUCGUUAUUAUGUUAUUAGGUAACAAAUCCGACAGCGGCCUAGAGCGAGCGGUGAGGCGGGAGGAGGGGCAGCGCCUAGCCAGGGAAUACCAAGUCUCCUUCAUGGAGACCUCGGCGAAAACCGGCCUGAACGUCGAAGCGGCGUUCGCCCAUGUGGCGAGGGCGCUCGUGGCGAAGGCGAACCCGGCUGACCCCAACCGGCUCGCUGUACGGGCGCCGCCGGUGCAGGAGCAGAGAUCCUCAUGUCCACCUUGUACUUAAGAUUUAUAAAACCUAUUUAGAGCUGAUUUGUCUAACUAACUCGACUGUACCUACAUCUAUAAUAA